UAAUGGUCCAGUAGGAAGUAGUAACAGUGCUAAAUAAUACUGAGCAAUGUUGUUGUGGCGUCAUUAUAUCAAUAAAGACUCCGCAGCCUGGGUGUCCAUGUUCUCCUCCGUUAUUGUAGUUAUGUAUUUCAGAUAGCACGGGAACGUUUUACACCUUUCCGUGUCAUUCUAAUGACAGGAGUCCGUUUCCUCCAUCAACCAGGCGGAGUGUUUCUGUGACAAUGUCGACUGCCAUGGACUUCCAUUCUCACAUUGCCUCCAUCAUGGAGGUGCUGGCUAACGCGGCCGUCGCGGAAAUGUGUAAAGUUGUGGAGGACGGAUACGCGCUGGUUCAUCUGGAAAUGUCCCGCAGCCAGAAGGAGAACGAGUACCUGCGCAGGAAGAUCCGAGGUCUGGAGCUUCAGACCGCCAGGUACCGGGCAGAGAGGGGGAAGGCAGCGGAGGGAUCCUCCGGUCUCAGGUACCGAGCAGAGAGAGGGAAGGCAGCGGAGGGAUCCUCCGGUCUCAGGUACCGAGCAGAGAGAGGGAAGGCAGCGGAGGGAUCCUCCGGCGUCAGCCGCGCAGUCCGCCUCCUCUGCCGGCAGAACAGGGACUCACUGGCGGGCCCCUCUAUGCAAUGCCGGACCAGGUUUCUGAACCGAGACCCAGGAACUCAGCAGUUUGUGCAGAAGAUCCUGUCUAUCAACCUGGAUCAGGACCCUGAUCAUGAGGUCGUCACCACCACCAAAACUGAGUCAGCGGAGCCUGAGGAGGAGGGGAAGCUGCUGAUCGUCAAGGUAGAGGGAACAAUGGAGACCGGAACCACCAACCACGAGGCACCAGUAGACACCCGCACCAGCAGCAGAGGAGACGCCUACACCACCACAUCACUCCCCGCCGCCACGACGGACGCCAGACAACACAGCGAAACAGAGGGCCAGAGAUGUCUGAGAAGCACGAGCAGCGCUCAUCACGAGGAGGAAAAGAUGCAUGAAGUGCAAGGUGUUACCCCAGAGAAACACAGUCCCUCCCAGACGCUGCUGGGAUGGCAGGAGAGCAGCCAGACUGAAGAUAGGGAGCGGUCAUCUUGUUCCACAUACACAGCAGAAACUGUAGCAGGAGAGGCAUCAUUCAGCCGAGUAAGGACAAACCUCGCAUCUGGUAUCCCCACUAUUUCUAAAAGGCCUCAGUGUGACAUGAACCAGGCGAGCCCUGCAACCAAGCUGGACACCAUGGGGAUAAAGUCACUUCCCUGUGCAGCGGAGGACAGCUGCGGUGGAGAUGAUGGAGCUGAGGAAGUGACACCUCUCAUAGGUCAGGACGACACCGGUGGGAGGUCACAGUAUCAACCGCUGCUGUGUAUUCAGAUCAGUGAGCUACCCAGUGAAGUGAUGUUUGAAGGGAAUGCAACCUACAGCCUUCCUGCCUUUAACAGUCCUCUGGUUAGCAUGGGGGCAGUGGACUCCCAGCAACAGCAAAUCCAGCAUUCUUGGUCUGGAAUCCGGCCGAUGGACAACGGCCACUUCUCCAGUCAAAACCACCUUUAUCAAGCAUCCAGCAAUCAGAACCAGGAGUCUGGGUCAGCACAGUCCCAGCAGCCCUGCCUCCCCUAUGCCUGCACCUUCUGUUCACGGCGCUACGCCCACCUGUCCAAGCUGCGCCUCCAUGAACGCUUUCACAGAGGGGAGAAGCCGCACCAGUGCAUCCAGUGCGGGAAGAGCUUCGUCCAGGCCUGCAGCCUCAAGCGCCACCAGAUGGUCCACACGGGGGAGAGGCCGUUCCCUUGCCCCCACUGUGGGAAGCAGUUCUCCACCUCCACCAACCUGAAGGUCCACCAAAGCAUCCACACCGGGGAGAAGAGCUUCCACUGCUCCAAGUGUGGCAAGAACUUCUCAUUCCUCAGCAACCUCAUCAAGCACCGGGCUCUGCACACUGCCAAGCAUAGCAAGUUCCACAGGGACCAGUCUGCUUUGUAAACCCCCUGUAUGUUCCCGAGGGGACAAACCAGCAUGAACAGCAAUCAGGACGUGUUUGACACAAAACUGUUCACCGUCCACCCCCUGUGAAUAGAUGAGAUACAUCUGGUCUUCAUUUCAAAAGUGUUUGGUCAUCAUGUCCUCAAACAUUUCAUGUAUGAUGUCAGGGAUGUAUGAUGUCAUGGAUGUAUGAUGUCAUGGAUGUAUGAUGUCAGGGAUGUAUGAUGUCAGGGAUGUACUUGUCCACGUUACUCUGUUUUUCUUUUAAUUCACUUUGGAAAAUGUUUGGAAAGUCUUGGAUAGCAUCUGGUCAUUAAAAGGAUCUCUAGCGGUUUACAUAAGCCUGUAGCUCCUGAGUCGGUUUUAGUUUGGAAAAGAUUUGAUGAGAAAUCAGUGAUGUACUUGAUGGUUUCUAGUGCAGAGUGACUUCAGAGCUGAUUGUGGUGUGUUGACAUCUGAAUCAUUUCAUCAGUGCAGCUCAUGUUAACAGCUGUCUUUACUUUGAGGAUAUGUAAAUUGAACUUACAUUUGCUCAUCUAGUUGCUUCCAAGCAAUAAAAAAAGAGGUGAACAGACUAACUGGCAUCACGAGCCUGAGGUCUGUGACCAGGACAGAGAGGAGGGGACUCGAAGGAUAUAGCAAAGUACGAGCACAAGAAUAAUAAAGGAUGUGAAGAUUAGACAGUAGUCCUCUGGUCAGCUAAACGAUAGCUUCUUGCUAAUGUCAUUCAUUUUUCAGCCCUGUCUGGGACUAGUGCCAUCCAAUGCACCCACCCCAUUCAUUCAGUUUUGUAUCGUAAAAUAGAAUAAUAAAAUGCAUCAGACUCAGUGUGCAAGGUUUCUGUAUGUAACGCUUUUUAUCGGAUGACAGAUUAAAACACAAAAAAUAUGGACUUGAUGUGCAAAGACCUGUAGUCCAAGUGCUGCUAAAUCACUUCCGCCCGACCUGCGAGUCAACUAGCGCAUCACUACUGGCUACUAAUAUAUUCACUUUUGAUUCUAAUAAAAUAGUUUUGAUUAACAAGUUGUGAUUGGCUAUUGGUAGCCUCCGCUUCAAAACAGUGUGAGCAUGAUGACGGAGAAACAUCUGUCUGUUGAUUCAAUAGAUUCACAUGAUUUGAGUCAAGUGAUUCACAUCUUUUGUUAUUUUAGAGUUAUUUUUGGCAUAGGUUCAUUUUAUAAAUGAUUUAACUUAAAACCAAUACAUAGGCUAGAUAAGACAUGGGAUUAGAAACAUGUUCCCCAUAAGAAUAACCUUGUUUAUUUUCAUUCAAGAGUGCAUUUAUGUUUCUGGUAAAAUAAUACAUGAACCAUCAUUGUGGCAUGUCUUAAUAAACCUUACAGUGACGGUGUCAAUAAAUAAAUAAAUAUGAUAAUAGGGUCUAAUGACUCUUAAUUACUAAAGUUGUGAAUAGUCAGGAAUAGGCGCGGCUUUAAAUAUUAAUAGCUAUUUACAGACCGUGUGGAAUAAAAUGUAGAAGCCUGAUUCUGCCUUACAAUAAUUCACUACAUGUUUACAAUCAGGCAGGCUAACUCAUUAAAAUAUGCAAUAAUUAAGAUCAGUGUAUAUGAUGGAAUAGUGGCAUUAGAAUAUGGAAGAGAAACCAGAUUUGGGCUUUUAUGGGGCAUGCCCCCAGACCCCCUAGCUGGCUACUGUUUCACACUGGCUGGCUACUCUGGAUUCUUGUGGAAAGUCCUGUUCAUCACAGUGGAGUAUACAAUUUCUUACUUGUUAUGGUGGAAAUCUGCUACUUUAAUAAACAUGCUGGUGAGAGAAGAA